GGGCGCGGCUGGGCCUCGGCGCCGGCCCGCGGCCCCGACAUGUCCGGCAAGAUCGAGAAAGCAGAUUCUGAGCGUUCCCAUCUCUCCUCAUUCACUAUGAAGUUGAAGGGCAAGUUUCAUUCACCAAAAAUAAAGAGGACGCCUUCGAAGAAAGGAAAGCAAGUUGACCUGACAGUGAAAACACCAGAGAAGUCAGCAAACAAAAAUGUGUCAUGGCUGGAGGAGAAGGAGAAGGAGGUCGUAAGUGCACUGCGCUACUUCAAGACCAUUGUGGACAAAAUGGCAGUUGAUAAGAAAGUGCUGGAGAUGCUGCCAGGCUCAGCCAGCAAAGUGCUGGAGGCGAUUCUGCCCCUGGUGCAGGCGGAUCCGCGCAUGCAGCAAAGUUCUGCCAUCUCGUCCUGCUAUAGCCGUGUCUACCAGAGCUUGGCCAACCUCAUUCGCUGGUCCGACCAAGUGAUGCUGGAGGGCGUGAAUUCGGAGGACAAGGAGAUGGUGACCACAGUUAAGGGGGUCAUAAAAGCUGUUCUGGAUGGAGUCAAGGAACUGGUCAGACUCACGAUUGAGAAGCAGGAGCAUCCCUCUCCCACAAGCCCAGUUAAACCCAGCUUACCAGCGUGUAAAUCCGACAGCCCGUCAGAACUUCCCCUCACUGAACGAGAGAUGGAGAUCCUCAACAAGACAACUAAUAUGACUCAGUCCAAUGAGUUACUGACUGACUCCAUGGAUGAAGAGGUUGCACCUCCUAAGCCCCCCUUGCCCUGCAUUCGUGUGGCAGAAAACAGCCCUCCUCCAGCCUUACCCCCUAAAAAACGGCAGUCAGCGCCUUCCCCAACGCGAGUGGCGGUGGUGGCGCCCAUGAGUCGAGCCACGAGUGGGUCCAGUUUACCUGUGGGAAUCAACAGACAGGAUUUUGAUGUUGACUGCUAUGCCCAGAGACGGUUGUCAGGUGGAAGCCACUCCUACGGGGGAGAAUCCCCUCGUCUCUCACCGUGCAGCAGCAUCGGCAAACUCAGCAAGUCUGACGAGCAGCUCUCCUCUCUGGACCGCGACAGCGGCCAGUGCUCCCGCAACACAAGCUGUGAAACGCUAGAUCAGUCAGAUCACUAUGACCCGGACUACGAGUUCCUGCAGCAGGACCUCUCCAACGCGGACCAGAUCCCUCAGCAGGUGCCCGGUGUCCUCAGCCCAUUGCCGGAGUCCUUGGGCGAGUCCGGCUCCCCUUUCCAUGGACACACGUUCCAGCUGCCGCAGGGCAGCUCUCCCCCGCUGGAGCUGUGCAGCCUGACGGGAGCAGCGCAGCCGACGGAGACUCCUCCGGCCUUACCGGAGAAGAAGAGGAGGAGCGCGGCCUCGCAGACUGCCGACAGCUCGGGCUGCAAGGUCUCCUACGAGAGGCUCCCUUCACAAUACGAUAACAUCUCGGAAGAUGAUUUGCAGAAUGCAGGCUCUGUCCUCUCAGUGCCCUUCACACCGUUCGCUGCUGUCUUGCCCUUCCAGCAAGGAAACUCCUCAGCACCAGCUGAAUUCAUUGCUAACUUUGCUGCUCCCGAUUCUACCAGUGACCCAGAGAAGCCACCACCUCUGCCGGAGAAGAAAAACAAACACAUGACAGCAUAUAUGCAGUUUGUGGAAGACUACUCAGAGCCACAGCCCUCCAUGUUCUACCAGACGCCUCAGAAUGAGCACAUCUACCAGCAGAAGAACAAGCACCUCAUGGAAGUCUAUGGGUUCAAUGACUCCUUUAUCAGCUUAGACCCUUCACAGGAUCUCGCGCCUCCUCCUGCCCUCCCACCGAAGCAGCGGCAGCUGCAGGCCUCCUAUGCUGCCUCCUCUUUCCCUUCUGUCUCCUACUGUGUCCAGCAAACUAAAGUGCCCUUCAGCCCCGAGGACACCGGUGCCACUCAGGGCCUCACUAUGUCAGUCUCUAACUCCUUUCUCAACCGGCACAGCUCCUUUCCUGUGCAUUCGUACAAGUCUGUGUUUAGGUCCUACUCCCAGGACUUUGUGCCUCACAACCAAGUCUCCAUCCCUCCUUUCCUGUCUUCUACCUCCUCGUCCUGCUCCACCCCUCCUUUUCCGCCCGUGCAUCCGUCUCAGAGCUCUGACCUAGCGGUGCCAAGCACAGCCGGCCCGUCACCCAGCACUGUGGAUGUGCCAAACUCCUCUUCUCAGGAGAGCAGCUUUAACGGGAAUGCUCCUGUCUGCCUUCCUUCUGAAACCCCUUUCGCUGAUUCUCUCCAGACGCCUUCGAGUGAAAACGCCAGUGAGGAGGCUGGUGAGGGUGAAUACGUCAAUCUGUAUUCCUCUGGCCAAAGCAACGGGGAACUCCCUCCCUCGGAAGGAGAAUCUCCCUCCAUCAAAGACGGCCACUCCAAAGACUCCACUUCAAAUAGCAGUGCCAUGGGGAAGGAAGGCAAAGACGGUGCUGAAAGGCAGCAGCAGUCACCAGAUGCGUUGGAAUCGUCACAGCUGGAGGAAGAGGUAGACGAGCUGUCCCUGAUUGACCACAAUGAAAUUAUGUCGAGGUUAACGCUAAAGCAAGAGGGUGAUGAUGGGCCAGAUGUUCGUGGUGGGUCCGGAGAUAUUUUACUAGUGCACGCAACAGAGACCGACAGGAAAGAUCUGGUGCUGUACUGUGAAGCCUUUCUGACCACCUACAGGACAUUUAUUACCCCAGAAGAGCUCAUCAAGAAGCUGCAGUACAGAUAUGAGAAGUUCUGCCACUGCGCAGACACGUUUAAGAAGCGAGUCAGUAAGAACACCUUCUUCGUGCUGGUGAGAGUGGUGGAUGAGCUGUGCUUAGUGGAGUUGACAGACGAAAUUCUCAAGCUGCUGAUGGACCUGGUGUUCCGGCUAGUCUGCAAUGGGGAGCUGAGCCUCGCUAGAGUCUUACGCAAAAAUAUCCUUGAUAAAGUCGAUCAGAAGAACAUGCUGAGAUACGCCAAUUGCACCAAGCCCCUUGCAGCUCGUGGGGUGGCAGCCAGGCCGGGCACCCUGCACGAUUUCCACAGUCACGAAAUAGCUGAGCAGCUGACCCUCCUAGAUGCCGAACUCUUCUAUAAAAUUGAGAUACCAGAAGUUUUGCUUUGGGCAAAGGAGCAAAAUGAAGAGAAGAGCCCCAACCUGACACAGUUUACAGAGCACUUUAAUAACAUGUCCUACUGGGUCCGUUCAAUAAUUAUGGUGCAAGAGAAGGCCCAAGACCGAGAGAGGCUGCUCCUGAAAUUUAUAAAGAUUAUGAAGCACUUACGAAAGCUGAAUAAUUUUAAUUCCUAUCUGGCCAUUCUUUCUGCACUGGAUUCUGCACCCAUCCGAAGGCUGGAGUGGCAGAAGCAAACCUCAGAGGGCCUGGCUGAGUACUGCACACUGAUCGACAGCUCCUCGUCCUUCCGAGCCUACCGAGCCGCUCUGGCUGAUGUGGAGCCUCCCUGCAUUCCUUACCUAGGCCUAAUUCUGCAGGACUUGACCUUUGUUCACCUGGGAAACCCAGAUCACAUUGACAGCAAAGUGAACUUUUCCAAGCGCUGGCAGCAGUUCAACAUCCUGGACAGCAUGAGGUGCUUCCAACAAGUACAUUACGACAUCAAAAGAAACGACGACAUAGUGUCCUUCUUCAACGACUUCAGCGACCAUCUGGCCGAGGAGGCCUUGUGGGAACUGUCGCUGAAGAUCAAACCGCGCAACAUCACGAGGAGGAAAACAGAGCGGGAAGAGAAAACCUAGGAGGAGGCUUCGUGCGAGCGAGGAGACUUGCUCCGCAGAGGCGCCGAGGACCCUGCGGGUCGCUCUUUGGACCCGGUACUGCCUGACGGGCCCUCCCUCGCCCACGGCAGCAGCCCCUGGGUGUGUGAGCGGCGGGCGCCAGAGCCGCUCGCCGCGCUCACCUUCCUCCUCCUCGCGGCCCUCCGCGCCUCCGGUCGGCUCCGAAGCCGGGCAGCGAGCGCGGCGGGAGCAGAGCCCCUUGCACGCCGCCGGGCUGGUGUUUCGCCGGCGCUGGGGAGGCCCCGAGCUCAGUUGCCCCCCGCGAGGGAGGGACAGCGAUGGCUCAGCGCCCGCAAGGUCGUCCCGUGGCUCGGAGCGGCGCCUCGCAGCGAUUCCAGCGCCGCGACACGAGCACGGGAGCGCUGCCCCGGCUGCGGAGCAGCUCUGCUUGCAAACACCUCGUUUUGUUUACAGGGGGGGGAUUUUACCCCCCCGUCUCCCUCGCCUUCCGAUGGGGACGAAGGCGCCGCGCGCAGAUGCAGAAGAGGCACUGAAACGGUGGGCAGGGAGCCGCCGUCUCCAGCCGUCGGAUCCCCCUCCUCCUCUCACGUCUUGUUAUUUAAGCAUCGAUAAUCCCCUUGAACCCUGGAAAUAUUGACUAGCCGAGGUGCCGUGGCUCACCCGUCCCGUGAACCCGUUACCUUUUAGUGAUGGUACUAGCUUUUGCACAGUAAAUUCUGUAGUAUAUAAGACUGUAAAUAUUAGUAUUUAGAAGCCACUGAGGAUUUUUUUUUUUUUUUGAUGCAUGUCUGAAAAGCAUUGGAUUUAUAGGAAAAGAAGAAUUGCAAAACAAGAUGUGUCAAAAUUCACAAGCG